UGCUGCAGCUGGGCAGACCUGCGGGGUUUGAGCCGUGGCCGACGGAUGGCCAACGUGCGGGUGGCGGUGAGGGUCCGGCCCCUCAGCAAGAGGGAGAUCAAAGAAGAGGGAAAAAUUAUUGUGGAAGUUAAUGGCAAAGUGGCAAAAAUCAGGAAUUUAAAGGUGGACAGUCGACCUAAUGGCUUUGGCGACUCCCGAGAGAAGGUUGUGGCGUUUGGCUUUGAUUACUGCUACUGGUCAGUCAACCCAGAGGAUCCCCAGUAUGCAUCUCAGGAUGUGGUGUUCCGGGACUUGGGGACUGAAGUACUGUCUGGAGCUGCCAAAGGCUACAACAUAUGCCUUUUUGCCUAUGGGCAGACAGGCUCUGGGAAGACCUACACCAUGCUGGGCACCCCAGCCUCUGUUGGGCUGACACCGCGGAUAUGUGAGGGUCUCUUCAUCAGAGAGAAAAACUGUGCCCCACUGCCUGCCUCCUGCAGUAUAAAAGUAAGCUUCCUGGAAAUCUAUAAUGAACGAGUGCGGGAUCUGCUAAAGCAGUCUGAUCAAAAAAAGACCUAUAAUCUGCGGGUCAGGGAGCACCCAGAGAUGGGGCCGUAUGUACAAGGUUUAUCUCAACACGUAGUUACCAACUAUAAGCAAGUAAUUCAACUCUUGGAGGAGGGAAUAGCAAACAGAAUCACAGCAGCAACCCAUGUUCAUGAAGCCAGCAGCAGAUCCCACGCCAUCUUCACUAUCUACUAUACACAGGCAUUCCUGGAGAACAACCUCCCCUCUGAAAUCGCUAGCAAGAUCAACCUUGUGGACCUAGCAGGCAGUGAAAGAGCAGAUCCCAGUUACUGUAAGGACCGGAUUACUGAAGGAGCCAAUAUCAACAAGUCUCUUGUGACUUUGGGAAUCGUCAUCUCCACCUUAGCCCAGAACUCUCAGGUAUUCAACAGCUGCCAGAGCCUCACCAGUGCAGCGAGCGAUGGUGGUGACAGCGGGCUCCCUAGCUCUCCUUCCGGGGCCAGCAGUGGAGGGGGACCCUCCCGGAGGCAGUCAUACAUCCCCUACCGGGACUCAGUAUUGACCUGGCUGCUGAAGGACAGCCUCGGAGGCAACUCCAGAACCAUCAUGGUUGCCACCGUGUCUCCUGCACACACUAGCUACAGUGAGACCAUGAGCACAUUGAGAUAUGCAUCCAAUGCCAAAAACAUCAUCAACAAGCCUAGGGUAAAUGAGGAUGCAAAUGUGAAGUUGAUCAGAGAACUCAGGGAAGAGAUUGGGAGACUGAAAGCCAUGCUGCUGAGCUUUGAGCUGAGAAACUUCCAUUCAUUGAAUGAGGGAAAGGAUGAAAACCUGAAGGAGCUGAUUCUCCAAAAUGAAUUGAAGACAGACCAGCUGUCUAAAGACUGGGCCCGGAAGUGGAACGAGUGGCAGGAUCUCGUGGAACAUUACAGAGUGGACAUCAACAGGAGGCGGGCUGGGCUGGUCAUUGACUCCAGCCUGCCACACCUGAUGGCCUUGGAGGAUGACGUGCUCAGCACAGGUGUCGUGCUCUAUCACCUCAAGGAGGGGACGACAAAAAUAGGAAGGAUUGACUCAGAGCAGGAACAGGACAUCGUCCUGCAGGGUCAGUGGAUCGAGAGAGACCACUGCACCAUCACCAGCGCCCGUGGGGUCGUCAUGCUGCGCCCUGCCCGCGGCGCCCGCUGCACGGUCAACGGCCGAGAGGUCACCUCCUCCUGCCGUCUCACCCAAGGAGCAGUCAUAACCCUGGGGAAAGCACAGAAGUUCCGGUUCAACCACCCCGCAGAGGCCGCCGUCCUUCGGCAGAGGAGGCAGGUCGGAGAGGCUGUUGGCGGCAGUGGCUCUCUGGAGUGGCUGGACUUGGGUGGAGAUGUCACCACCUCCCAGAUGUGUCUCUGCCCUUUGCUUUGGAAGGAAAGGAGAGCGCUGGGAGAGCAGAAUGACAAGGACCACUGGCCACUGAGGGCUGGAGAGACGCCCUACGGCACCCAGAUUCCGCAGCAGCAGCAGCACCUCGUGGGGGAUGUGAGGCAGCAGAUCCUAGUGGGACAGAUCAGAGCCAAACGGGAAGCGGAGCAGGAACAGCUGCACGCCGGCCUGCGGGCUGAAGACGACCAGCAGUGGCUGCUCAGAGGAGAGACCUGGCUGGCCAGCUCGAGGCAGCAGCCGCAGCAAGACCACGCAGCAGAGAAAGAACUUGAGGCUGCAGUGCCUUCUCAUUCGUGGUGCCAGACAGACCCCAAGACUCAGCCGUCCCCCCAGGUCCAAAGCCAGAGCAGGGUGGUACACCUGCAGUUCCUGCAGAGACACGAGCGGAGCAUCCGGCAGAAAAGAGCCUCAUUCAAGCUGGAGGGGAUCAUCAAGAAGCAGAGGCUGCUGGAGGCCCACAGGGGACCUGAGCAGCUCAGGGCGCUGUGCUGGUUCCAGGAUGACCGCCCUCGGAGGACCGCCCUCUCAGCCCUCCGCCCUGGUACCCUGGUCCCAGGGCCUCAUCGUAGAAGCAGGUUGACAAGCUGCAGUUCUCUGCGCCUCCGAAGGCCCUGCAGCUGGCACUCAGCCCAGUUGCGCAGUGUUUUCGUGAAUCGGGACCCCUCCACCACGUUACCACCUGUUGCUGACCCUCCUGAGCAAUUCUCGGAAGAGUAUCUGUCCCUGGCUGCUUCUUACCCCCCAAGGAUAGGGCAUCUCAUCCAGCAUGCCCUCUGUUCCUCAGGCGAGGGGCACUUCGGCAUAGCCAGGAAGGCCCUGACCUGGAAGGGAGCCUCACCCCUGGGUACGUGCCUCACCGAGAGCUCCGAGUCGGCCAGUGUCCAGGAAGUGGAGAGAAUGGCCCUGCCGGCGCCAGUGGAGCUGGAGGAGCCCCAGGGGAAGGAGCGGGACCUCCCAGAGCCAGACAACUCCGAAAGUGACGACAGCCAAAUAUCUGAGGACUCGCUGGCUGAGAAGGGGCCCGGAAACCCACGGGACAACCCAGGACACAGUUACCUCACCAGCGGCUGUGGCCACGGCCAGGCCAGAGCGCAAGCCUCUGGGAGGGGCUUCACCACAUCCUCAGGCAGUCGACCAUUCACCUUGGCUCACAGGAGUGUUUCCCUCGAUAGCCUGAUUGAUGCUGAAGAUGAACCGGGAGACCAUUGGCAACGAAAGCCGUCCUUUGCUUCAACUGAUGAGAUGCCCACGGAGACUUUCUGGCGCCUGCAGAGCCCCAUUCUGCCUGCAGGGGGCCAGGAGGCAGUGUGCAGGCUUGGUCCCAUCAGUCACAGAAGAGCCCCCAGGCUAGAUGCCAUCUUGCCAGUGAGCAGUUCAUUCUACCUGGAACCCCAGCCGCAGCCGCCCUGUGAACAGCCUGAGGUGGCGAUGGAGGGAAGCCCCACAGAACCGGCCACCACUCUCCAAGACGUGCAGCCCUCCAGAGGGAGCCCUCUGGUGUCCAUGGAUUCUUGGUUCUCCUGUGACUCCAAGAUCAAUCCCAGCAGCCCCCCACAUUCUUUAUGUCCAAGUCCCAACAUCCAGAAGGUUCAGCGCUGUGGUUGGGAAAGGCCUGGAUACUGGCUCAAUAUAGAAGAACUCGAGUCACCAGGUGCAGAAACCAUCCUGCCUUUCAGCACCACACUGCCCCCGGCCAGCACUGAGCUGCCUUGCAGCAUUAGCAGUGUGUAUACAGAUCCCGUUUCUGGGUCUGUGUCCCUCUGGGACCCUUGCAGCCUUCUUCAGCCAGGAGCUGAGGGUACCUUUCAACCCAGUGGGGUCCCUGACACGGCCCAGCAAGGCGUCUCUGAAGCAUCUAACUCUAGUGUGUCCAGCUUGUUGGCUGCCUCUGCCAGCUCAUUUACUUAUGUUGGCAGUGCCUGUGAGAGAGACUGGGCUGCCCUUCAGAAAAAAUACCUCCUUGAACUGUCUCAUCCUGUUUUGGAGGCCACGGGAGCCCCCAGGCCAGUUUUCCCCUCCCUUAAGGAAGACUCUGGUCCUCCGGUUCAAGCUUCCGGCAGGGGAGGAGAUGCUGUAUUGCCAGUUGGUCCUGGGGCAUCCAGCAGCCCAGAUUUCAACAAUGUUCCAACCCAUCUGUCCAAAAUUAGGCGUUUGAGAGCAGAGAAAGAACAGGACAGUCUGAAUGUCAAGGUAGAAGGUACUUCAGAUUUCUUUACAACUAGUGAGAAAGAGGUGAGUCAUAGUGGAACUUACUCAGCAGAUGUAGAAUCGUUGACUUCUGGACCUACAAAUGCACAGGUCUCUGCAGCAGAGAACAAGAUGGCAUAUCCCAUGACGGCAGCACGGGGAGUCAAAAAGAGCAGCUUAGAGGAGUCCUCUCAGAGCAGCGAGAAACCUGGACUCAUGAUGUCCUCUGAUGAAUGUUUCAUCCUGAAGAACCCUUGUCACCAUAUUGUCACCAUAGCCACCAAAGACCCCCAUUGGCGGCGAGGCUGGGCUCCUUUGAGGAAGAAGAGAGCAGGCCCGGUGAGGCGAUUAGGGCUGAACAGCCACCGCCCCCCGCAGGAAGAGCAGACAGACUCCCAGGAGAGCUCCAUGGAAGCGGGCAGAAGACACAGCAAGCCUUCCUGCUCCUUUCCUUCUGGUCCAGAGCUAUACCUUCACUCUGCUCCCUGGAAUCCACUUCCAUCUUCCCUGCAGCCACCUCCUUUGGAAACAUUCUAUGUGACCAAAAGCCGAGAUGCCCUGACAGAAACUGCCUUGGAAAUUCCAGCUUGCAGAGAAGCAAGGGUGCCCUCCCCACCCCUCAGGGAAGCCUGGGGCUUUGGACAUGAGCACCAGGUCCUCCAAAAUGUGUACGUGGAGGAUAAGUUGCCAGUACAAUUACAAAACCAGAAUUCCAAGAUUGCAUCAUCUCAGCAGGUCGCAGCAGAGAGGCCAGUUGAUUUGAAUGCCAAGGAAGUUUGCAGAGAAAAAGGGAAAUGCCUUGGAAAGGUUAAAGAAAGAAGCCAUAAUUCGGUUUAUUUUUUGGUCACUCAGAACGGACAUUUUUUCCCAUCUACCAGCAUAAAAGUAUGUGAAUUUGAAAAUCAAGUUGGAAUUUUAAAUAAACACAGUCUUCCAACGCUCAAGCAGGGAGCAAAGGCUCCUAUACAGUCCUACUGCAGUGUCUCCUCAAACAGUUCUGGGUCAGGGAAGCCUCUCCUUGCGUGUGAAUCUGAGACGGGUGAGGAAGAAGAGCAGGGGCAGAACGCAGUCCUCACACAGGCUCAGGCCUUUGACGCGAAAAGACACUUUCCUUCCAGGGUUAGGUCUGAUUUCACCUGUAAAACCCUCUAUUUAGCCCCUGACAAGGACGAGCCACAGGAUGCAGCUCUUCCUUUGAAGUCUAGAUCAGUACGUCAUCAGGUAAGCCGCCCAGAGACAAUGGCCCUGGGUGAGAGUCCAGCCCAUAAGGAGGAAGGGAGGAAUGGAACUGGGCUUCUUGGAAAAGCACCCCAUUCCAAAGACGGCUCAGAAGAGUUUAAGCUUUCACAGACUGAGUCCACAUAUGAACAAUUCCAGUCAGUUACAUCCUCUCAGGAAAGAAACCUCAGCGAAUGCAAAGUCCCUGGAAAAGCACUUAAAGCAAAUCCCAAAGAAGAACCUCCUGGAAAGACAUGGGAUGAAAGAGUUAAUAGUGCCAACGAGAUGGCUAGGCUAAUUAGGAGUGUGAUGCAGCUGGAGAAUGGCAUCUCAGAAAUUGAAUCCAAACAGGGUAAGCAGUUGCACGCCUCCCAUCCACCGGGAGUCAGCAAGGAGUUCAUCUUCCAGUACCGACAGGACCAGGAGACAGCUGACAGCGUGCUGAGGACAGGCAGCUUUGGAAACCACCCGCCCUUCAAGGAUCAGCCGACUUCUCCCAAAUGGACAGACGAUGUUAUCUGUAGGGAUGGUGAAGCUGGGGAAGUGGAGGUGAACGGUAGCACUGAUCCCCAGAGACCUGGCAGCAGAUUUGUGAGAGGGCAUACCUACCCAGCUGUGCUAGACACACCCUCCAAGGACUCUGGUGGUUAUUUAGGGGUGUGCACAGUUUGCAGAGAAUGCACCAAUGCCUCUGCUCACCCGAGGACUAAAGCUUCAGCCAGAGCUCUGCCAUUGCAGCCCAGGCCCAAGGGGACUUCUGAGGAGGGCGAGCUCGGGAAUGCAGUGCACCUCAGACGUCAGCCCCGCAGCUUGGGAAGUCUGGAGGAGCUGGAGACUUUGGAGGGUGUUCAAGAAAGCCAUCCUGCCAAGUGCAUCCAUCGUUCUCAGCAGGAGGAGCCAGCAGUUCAAGGCAGAAUGGAAGAAACGGCUGCUCAAAGAAGAAGCCUAGAGGAGAAAAACACAGUCUCGUCGACUCAGAGACUCCCUGGCCUGUGCCACCAUUGUGUGCACACAUUGUUCAGCCACAGGACCGGCCUGUUACCAAGCCAGCCAGACUCCUGCACGGCUCCUCGCCAAGACCUGAGUCAUACCUUGCUCUUGAAUUCAACAAGGCUGCCAAGAAGCUAUCUUUAUGCACCUGAUACUCUAGGCAUCUCUUCUGUUGACUAUGUGUUGGAUCCUACGGUGCUGAAAAUGCCCACCAGUCCCUUGGUAACUGGAGCGGGGCAGCAGGACCAUAGUGGAGCGUCCGGACACCACAGCCUGCAGGGAGAUGACAGAUGGGACUCCUCUGUGGUGCACGCUGCUUGGCCCGGAUCUGUGACACCCAUGGCCACGGGACCUCGUGGUCAAUCCAGUGUACCAGGGAGCGUUCCCCUGGGCGCCGAGGGCAAGAGGUCAGCAAGCACUGGUCCCCAAGACCAAGGAGGCGACCUUAGAAGCAGCUCGAUGGGCCUGGGUAGCAGGGUAGGUUCUCCUUCCAGAGCCGAGGCAGCUGAACCAAGAGGACCAGACAGAGCUGGUGCCCUGAAUGGGGCCUCUAGCCUGCUUGAGAGGAAGGUUGGCAGCCCCUUAGAAGAAGGAGACAGCCAAGGCAGAGAGGUAAGGCAGGAGGCCGAGGACCUCAGUCCUCCUGGUGGGGCUUUCUCAGCGCCUGUGUCCCCACCAGGGGUCCCUCAGCCAGAGCCCUCUGCUCAGCCACCCACAAACCUGGCUGUGUUGGAGGAGACGGGACUGGCAAAGACUCAGAGGAAGCAGCUUUACGACGUGGUGGCUGGGGGCACAGUCCUGCCUUCCAGCAAGACUUUGUUAGAACCUGAAUGUUCUUCAAGGGCCCCUGGCAGGCUGCAGUGUCCACAAAUGGGCCAGUCAGUGGCUGACAGGACCACAAAUGAGGCUGAAGCAUGGAAUCACACAGCAUCUCUCUCCGUUGAACCAGGACACCGAUCAGUUGACAAGAAGACAACUGUCCUUCAGGCCAUACCCCCGUCUGCAGACAGCUUCCACUCUCUGCCCAGCACUGACACUGGCAUGGGGCCACAGUGUCCCUCACGGACUUCUGCCCACACUGAGUCCGCUCCAGGUGGGAGCCAUUGUACCAGAAAACAGGAGUGUUUCCUGGGAGCAGGUGAACAAUCUGUGUGUCACACAAGCUCUUCUGAAAUCACCGAGAAAAACGAAGCAUCCGGAGCGGCUCCCUCUGCUGGUGCUCUGGGCUCAGAGAGUCUUCCUUCUUCAGCAGCCUCCAGGGAGGAGGACAGGAGGGUGAUGACAGGGGAAGUGGUGGCUGCCUCACUUUCUCAGGCCCCUUUGGAGGAGGCUGGACGGAUUGCACAGGGGCGAGAGGCAUUGGCUGCGGCCGAGGGCAUGCUCCCUGGCCAUCAGGAGAGCAGCCCAGCCCACCAAGUACCUGGGACUCCGGACUGCACGUGGGGAGGAGGCUCAGGUACCGUCCAAGCCACUGCACAGGGAGAAAGAGCAGCCUGUUUUGAAAGUCGCCUUGUGAUCGCAGAUGUUCAGAACUCAGCCAGCCUCUCGGAGCCUAACCAAGACCAGGGCCAAUGCCUCGAGGCUUCUGCCAGCUCAGAAGAAGGGAGGGCGAGCCCCAAAUGGGGUGCCGUCCUGCCCGGAGCCCUGAGGGGGGUUGGACCAGAAGCUCCCUCACAGCCGCGUGUGAAGCGGGAAGGGAGUGUUGGCUCUGGGCUGGCAGAAGCCUGCAGGGCUGGCGUGGAAGGUCCCAGGCCAGCUCUGUUGCCAGAUCAGAGCCCCGGGGGAGUCAGAGAGGAGGCCCCGAGCAGAUGCCCGCGGGAAGACUCAGGUGUUGGUGUCUCCUCAUGGAGCCCUGGUGGCAGCAAGACCCUUGGCCUAUCCCAGAGCCAGGAAGAGAGCAGAUCUGGUCCUUGCUGGCAGCCGUGUAGCCCUCAACCUGUUGUUUGGGGUGCCCGUUCCUCCCCUCCCUCCACCUCACUGUGUUACAGAGAUGGUGACCUGGGCAGGGGGGCUUCCAUGGCUCCUCUACACCCUCACCACCCUUCCAGGGUCCCCUCCAGGGCCUGGGGAAUGGAGAGAGGAGAGGGCCAUGGCAGGGAACCUGGCGUGCUGUUGGCGCAUGGCCGUGAGCCCAAAGGCAUUAACAUAGAGCUGGGGCCAGCAGACGGCAGCACCCCAGAGGCCUCCGCCGCUGCGUUCCUACCUCUGACUGGGGGCUGCAGCUCCCCUGCUGCCCCCGACAUGAGGACGAGCCCCCUCAGCCCCUUGCUUACUGAUGGGAGCUCCAGGUCAGUAGGGGAUUCUGAGAAGAAGGCUGCCGAGAAGAAAGUCAGAGCCGAGCUUGAGGCUCUCCCUUCCCCCGAGGGCGGGUGCUCUGAGACACCCGGGAGGUUGCAGGACAGCUCUGUGGGGGGCCAGGGUGCACAGGGCUCUCAACCCAAGCCAGCAGCAGCGGGGGGACCACACACCCUGAAUUUAAGUGAAGGGUGUGUUGAGAGUGAGCUGCUGGAGGGACUACAACAGGGAUGUUUGGGAAAUGACAUCAGAUGCCUUCCAGAAGAGCCGCAACUUCCCCCAGGGUCCAGGGAUCAUGGUGUCUUGCAACCCCAAGCCAAACUCAUAACAGAGUUAAAGUAUAUCUCCAGAUCCCAGGUUGACAGUCCAUGGGAGGAGGAGGAGCAGCAGAGAGACCAGGCUGCAGGUGGCCGUGGAGACCCUGUGGGGGUCAGGAGGCCCCCACAUGCUGAUGAAGGCAGCUCGGACAGCUGUCAGAUUAGAGGUGCAGACAGACAGGGCAGGAGAGUGGCCAGGUCCCCUGCGUCCAAGACGAUCUCGCCCAGCUUCGGUGACUCAGCCGCUGUCUCCUUAGGGCAACGCAGAGCAUGCUGGCCGGCAGCCCAGGGCCCUGGGCAGCCCUCUUCUGGUGGGGAGCAGCCGGCGCCCCACCACCGGGGUUCACGUCCUAUAAUUUCAGUCUUCUCCGGUCGCAAAUACUCCAGACCACAGUUCUCUGUGGUCAGCUCUUCCCGGUCUCUUCAGGAGCUGAACUUGAGCGUGGAGCCUCCUUCCCCAACAGAGGAGGAUAUCGCGGAGCCCAACCAACUGUGGGCCUCACACCCCAGGGGCACUUUCUCAGGAAAAUCUGCAGUGAGAACGUCUCCGAAUGCUGAGGGUUGUGAUCAGGAAGCCUUCUCUGACUUGGACAGUAUUGCUACUGAUCUCAGGCCCCUACUACUCGCACCCCCACCUUAUUCAGCGACUUCAACUUUCUCGAGAAUGCCAAUCCCUAAUCUCACGUCCGUCCAUCCAUCUGGUGCUCUGGCACAGGCCCAGUCAGGAAAGUCAGAGAGACUGGGUGGCCAGGCCAGACCAGAGGAGUGGCGCUCCAUGGAUGUGGGUGGAGGAGCCCUGCUCUUGGGCCCCAGUGACAUCAACCCCUGCAUCCUUCCCUGGCAUCCCAAGGGGCCUGUGUGCACUGGCUGGAGGCAGCAUGUAUUUGGUGGUGCAGUCAGCGUCUCCCACUGCCCCACAUCGCAGGGUCUAACACCUCCAAACGUGGCCCAGAGCAGCAUGGGCAGCUGCCUAGAGGACCAGAGCUCCUUGCUCCGCUCCCACCUCAGCACCUUGGCCAGCGCCCAGAGCAUGUUGAACAAAUGCAGCAGCGUUGGAAAUGCCCGAGGUUCACGUGAGGCCUGGGAGGUAUGGGGUUCCUUGCCUGCCCUGAGGAACCCCGACAUCCUGAUCAGCUCUGAAGGAGCAGCCCCCUCGAAGGGUCCUGAUGAGAGAGCCCAGUUCCGGGGCACCCCUGAUGAAGCGGGUUCUCCAAGGAGGGAGCCCCCCUGGGCUGAGGGACGUGCUGCAGGUCCAGUGGAUGAGAUUAUGCUGCUAUAUCCAUCCGAGGUGGGUGGUCCUGUAGCUCAGUCCAGGAUGGACACCUUGGAGCGAGGCACGCAGACCCUGGGCUGCAAGUCCCACUGGAGCUCUUCUGACUCCUCUGCCCGGUCGGAUCUGGCCUCCUGGGCCAGCAUGCACAGCCUGUCACUCCACCUCUCACAGCUCCUCCACAGCACCUCGGAGCUAUUGGGGAGUCUCUCCCAGCCAAGUGUGGCCGAAAAGGAGUGGAAUGCCAAGAGGGACACCCCUCGUGAGGUGCCCCAGACCCAGAUGACGGAUGGCUCUACUCAGACCACCAUGGAUGAGGGCAUCCAGACUGACCUGGCCUCACCAUCCCUCCACUUCCAGGCCCCAGAGGCCAACCCUCAGAAGGUCAAUGUGAUCCUUGAAGGGCUGGGCUCGGAUCUCACUAGUAUGUCUCAAGGAAAGGGACAUGUCCCCGGGACACUUCAGAAGAGAGAGGCAGAGGAGACAGUGUGGAAAACAGCAGGGCCCCUAGAUCUUCAGGGAGAAGACACUCUUUGCAGGCCCCAGAGCACCCCUGUACCCUCAUUCCACUUCGACUUUCAGAAAGGCCCCUUUGGGCAGAACCUGCCUUCUCUGAGCCCCCAGGCUUCGGGUGCCCUCCUGCCUCCCAGCUCCCAGCCAGAGGAGCCCUCCUGCCUGGCUGUUGGCAGACCCUGCCUCAGCACAUUUUCCUCCCCAGGGCCCUGCCCCCACACUGUGGAGUCUGUCGGGGAGCUCAGCGUGCAGAAGGAGCAGGGGCCUACCGGUGCCUUGCUGGUGGACAGGGCCUCCUCCCCGAUCCUCACGCUUAGUGCCAGCACCCCAGGGUCGGGGGUCCCGCCAGGCGCCUUGUCUCUCUCAUCUCCCUCAGCUCUUUCCCUUGACAGCCGCCAGAAACUCAUGUCCAGCCCAAGCCUUCCCCUUCCUGCCCCCCAGCCUCCAGUGGGUAAUUUUUCUCAAACCACUGAUGAGGCAGGUGGCUCUCAGAGAGCAGGGGCUCCAUGUGGAGAAGGUAGAAGUUCCUUAGAAGGGGGCGACCGCAGACCCUUUGGGGUGAGCUCCCAAGGCAGCCCAGAGCAGAGCACAAAGCUCCAAGUCCGUUUUGUGCAGCAGCCCCCGCAGCAGUGCCUGCCCAGGACCACCGCCAGGGUGCAGAGCAGGCUGUCGCCCCCUGCCCUGAGGAGCAGGAGCCAAAGGCUGACUGACAGCCUUCUGCCUGAGGACGUGGCCUCAGUAGAGUGUGGCUCGCUGAGCAGAAGGGGGCCAGGUGUGUGGCAGAGCAGGACAGAGAAAAGGGGUGAGGGCUCAGCCUCUCCAGUGGAGCUGCGGCCCGCUCUGGACGUUUCCUCUUCGUUGCGGGGCUUCCAGCGCCACAGCCCCUGCCCUUUCUCUGAGUUGACUGAUACCCCAGGGCUCCAGGGUUGCAUCUUGGGCCCGCCUGUGGCCUGCCAGCCUGGGGGGCUGCUGCCCCCCGGUUCCCAGAUGUACACUACCCCUGAGCCCCAACAUCAUGGUCUGAGGGACCUUCCCAUGCGUAACAAAUUUAGUGACUGGUGUGGGCCUCAGAAUGGCUCUCCUGGAGGGCCAGGUACCGUGGAUUCCCUGAGGACCAGAGGUGAUUGUGGCUCUGGAGAGCAGCCCCAGAGGCGCCCACAAGCCCCUGAGGACCAGAGCCGGGCACCAGAGUGGCCCCAGAGGGAGCAGAUCCCCCUGAAAGUUGGGGCCCAGAACCUCUCCCUCAGCACAGAACUCACAGAAGCAAAACUGCACCAUGGUUUCGGGGAGGCAGAUGCCCUGCUGCAGGUGCUGAAGAGCGGCACGGGGGAGGCGCUCUCUGCCGAGGAGGAGGAGCUAUACGCCCGGCCAAAACACAAAGCAGAGACCCUCCAGAGGGAGCAGGCUCAGGGACUUCAGAACUCCCGCCGAACACGAAGCCUCAGCCCCGAGAAGCAACUGAGCUUUGCUCGGGACUUUGACCUCCCCAGCCGGCGCCGAGAAUACCUGCAGCGGCUGAGAAAGGACGUUGUGGAGACCACCCGGAGCCCAGGGUCAGCAUCAAGGUCUUCCCACCCACCCUCUGACAUAGAGCUGAUGCUACAAGAAUACCAGCGGGCCCGUGAGGAGGCCAAAGUGGAGAUUGCCCGGGCCCGGGACCGACUGCGGGAGCGGACUGAACAGGAAAAGCUGAGAAUUCGCCAGCAGAUCAUCUCCCAGCUGCUGCGGGAGGAAGAAAAACUGCACACCUUGGCCACCUCUGGCUCUCGGUGCACCAGCUCCGACGGAAGCCUCUCAUCUGGUGGCACCUCUGGCUAUAAUAGCAGCCCAGCGUUGCCAAGCCAGCUCCAGUCCCCAGACAGUGUGGGCAACACAAACUUGCCUGAUUCCAGAGACUCCUGGGUAUGGGAAGUGCGGGGCCGCUCUUCAGUGAGGAACAAUCAGCUGAAUCUGGCCAGCUCUGCCUGGAAAAGCUUAGCUUACGGCCGCAGUGCCGCCUUGGGCAGUUGCUGCUGUUCCCCGUCCAGCCUGUCCAGCCUGGGGACCUCCUCCUCCUCCUCAUACAAGGAUUUGGCCAAGCACAUCGUGGACCUCUCUAUGGCUGAUGUGAUGGCUGCUUGCUCAGAUAACCUGAACAACCUCUUCAGCUGCCGGGCAGCAGCUGGCUGGAACCAUCAGGGUGAGGAGCAGGAGGUGCAGCUGUACUACAAGAUGUUCUCUUCUACCCGGCAUGGCUUCCUGGGCGCUGGCGUGGUGUCCCAGCCACUGUCUCAUGUGUGGGCAGCUGUGAGUGACCCCACCUUGUGGCCCCUGUACCAUAAGCCCAUCCAGACAGCGAGACUUCACCAGCGGGUGACCAACAGCAUCAACCUGGUGUAUCUGGUGUGCAAUACCACCGUGUGUGCACUGAAGCAGCCACGGGAUUUCUGUUGUGUCUGCGUGGAAGCCAAAGAGGUGCCUGCCUUGCUGGCGGGGCAGCUGUCUAUCAUGGCAGCCCAGUCUGUGUAUGAUGCAUCCAUGCCAAGACCCAGCAGAGAGAUGGUCCGAGGGGAGAUCCUGCCCAGUGCCUGGAUCCUGCAGCCCCUCACCGUGGAAGGGAAGGAGAUCACCAGAGUCAUCUACCUGGCCCAGGUAGAACUUGGUGCUCCAGGAUUCCCCCCUCAACUUCUGAGCUCCUUCAUCAAACAGCAGCCACUGGUUAUAGCCAGACUGGCUUCCUUCCUUGGUAGUUAGCAUCUCACAGUCAAGAUGGCACUCCAGGAUGCCCCAGAGAUGCUGGGGCAGUUCUUGUUACUCUCAGUAUCCUGAUGCAAGAAGAGCCAAGGCUACCUGCUGUGGCUGACUGAACAGACGGCAUUCCGCCCCGAAGUUCCAAUGAAACCUGGUCGGCACUUGGUCACAGCUGGCACCUCUGCAGAGCAAGGGGGCUUGAGCUUCUGGCUCUGGCUGUCCAGAGUGAAUGAAGCUCAACUCACCUUUUUGGAUUUCUCACCUUUUUUUCCUGUCUCUGGGACCCUAUGGCAUAUAGGCCACUCGAGGAUCAGGAUUGGGUACAGCCAGUAGAGCUGGGAAAUGGCAGUGCUCUGACAUGGUGCUUACUUAGUUUGGUGCAGCCCUUGGGCUGGUAGAGAAGCAAGCUGCCAUCGGCCUCCAGCAUUCAGCUCCACUGUGGGAUGGAGUGUUAGGAAAUACCAAAACAGAAAAUGGUUUAAAAAACAUCUACACAAACCAGAACAAUGAUGAAGAAUUGUUUCUCCUCCUUGAAUCUUUACAAAUUGCUUUAUUAUUAAUUUUUGCCUUGCCCCCACCCACUUCCUUUCCCUCGCAGGAGAGGACGUUCAUUUGGGUCUUGGCCCGUUAGGAGUACUGAUCGGUGCUGUGUUACGGAGCCUUCGCUCCAGAGCUCAGUAGAAUGAGAAAACCACUGUAGAAGCUGGCUGCAUAGAUUUGGGGUAAGGGUGGGGCCCCAGAUCCUUGAGGAAGACUGGGGAUGGGGCUUGGGCAUCUCUCAUUUCAGAGAUGAAAAACUGUCUUUUGAAGACAGGAGGGAUGAUAAUGGACUUCCUAGAGGAGGUAAGUUAUUUGUUAGGAGGAAGCUCAGUUCCAUUCCUUACCUCACUCGAAGGCUUGGUUCCAGCCUUCGGGCUCCUGAGCAUUCCACGCACUGCUGUAGCCCCUUCUGUUCUAGGGUGGGAUGGAGACUGGGUUCAGUUUUCUGACUGAACUUGAGCUUUUAUUCUGUAUGGUUACUUGAAAGUGCUAGGGGUGGGAGAGAUUCUUGGCUUCAGUUCUGGUGCCCAGAGUCUUUGGUAGAAGAGGAUGACCAUAUGGGGGUUGAGAUGAUGUGGUAAAAAAGGUAAAUUUCUGCAUAGUCCAGCAGAGAUUUAUUUUUCUGAAAGUAUUUGCAGGAUUUUUUCCCCUCUUACCUCAGAUUAAGUUAUUUAUAUAUUAUUGAAGGUUUUUUUUUAAUUGCUUUUAAACUUAUUUUUCUGGUUAAUAUUUUGGUAACACUUGAUAUAUUUAACACCCUAUUUAUGUACUCCCUUCUCUUUUCAUUAUGAUUAAGACCACUGAUUGAAAAGUUCAGAACACUUGCAAAUUAA